UGCCCCCUUGGCACGUGGGGGAACCGGGCGCCGCCGCGGGACUCCGGAGCCUGGUGUCCUCGGCGCGCCUUCGAGGGCGCACAGGGCGCAGCGGCGGGCGCGUCUGGGUGCCAUGGGCGAGCCGGGUCCCCCCGGCGCGGAGGCGCCUCCGCCCUGGCGCCGCGGGUCUCUGGCGCUGCUCACCGACCUGUACCAGUUCACCAUGGCGUACGGCUACUGGCGGAGCGGGCGGCACCGCGAGGCGGCCGCCUUCGAGCUCUUCUUCCGCCGAUGCCCCUUCCAGGGCGCCUUCGCGCUCAGCGCCGGCCUGGCCGAGUGCCUCGCCUUCCUGCGCGCCUUCCGAUUCUCCACGGCAGACAUCGAGUAUCUCGAAUCUGUCUUUCCCGCUACCACAGAGAAAGCUUUCUUCGAUUACCUGCGCACGGUGGAUGCGUCCGAAGUUUCCGUCUCCGCCGCUCCAGAGGGAUCCGUUGUCUUUGCCAGGGUGCCGGUGCUGCAGGUGAAGGGUCCCUUGCUGGUGAUACAGCUUCUAGAGACCACCCUGCUGUGUUUGGUGAACUACGCCAGCCUCGUCGCUACGAAUGCUGCCCGAUUCCGGCUCAUAGCAGGCCCGGACAAGAAACUCAUGGAGAUGGGGCUGCGUCGUGCGCAGGGACCGGACGGGGGCCUCUCUGCAUCCAAGUAUACCUAUGUGGGGGGGUUCGAUUUUACCAGCAACGUCCUCGCCGGGAAGCUCUAUGGGAUUCCAGUGCGGGGAACUGUAGCGCAUUCUUACAUCUUGUCCUUCACCUCGCUGGCUGAGGUGAACCCGCGGACCCUGAUCCCACGACAUGGAAAGGAGCCUGUGGAUUUUCUGUUCUUAGUGGAGACAUGGCUGAGCCGGGUUUGCCAACUGCUGCAAAUCCCGCUGGAGACAGUGAACCGUGGGGAGCUGGCUGCCUUCGUCUCCUACGCCAUCACCUUCCCACAAAACUUCCAGGGUCUUUUGGACACCUUCUGCGUGAUGAAGAGCGGCAUCCCGAACUUCUGUGCCGUCGCCCUGGCGCUGAACGAGUUGGGCUACCGAGUCAUUGGCGUCCGCCUGGACAGCGGGGACCUGGCCAAGCAGUCGGUGGAGAUACGGCGAGUGUUUCGCACCUGCAGCAAGCACUUUCAGGUCCCCUGGUUCGAAGCAGUCCCCAUCGCCGUGAGCAACGACGUCAGCGAAGAGAACCUUUGGGAGCUCUCUCAGGAGGGGAAUGAAAUAGACAUGAUUGGCGUGGGCACUCACCUGGUGACAUGCACGCUUCAGCCGUCCCUGGGCUGCGUCUACAAGCUGGUGGAGGUGAACGGUUCCCCGAGACUGAAGGUGACGGAAGACAAAGAGAAGACAACCUUACCUGGAAUCAAGCGAGUCUACAGGCUCUGGGAUGCCGGAGGAUUCCCGUGCAUGGAUCUCAUGACUUUGGAAAAAGAACCUCCUCCAAGGGCCGGGCAGGAGGUGGACUUCUGGCUGGUGGGAACGACCCAGGAAGCUGGAAAAGUGACUCCUUCAGCAGUCGAAAUGCUGAACCGCGUCUACCUCAAAGAUGGGCAGGUCUGCCAGCCACUCCCCAGCCUUGUGGAGAUCAAGGACCAUGCGCAGGCCUCGCUGAACAAGCUCAACCCUGCGCACAAGAGACUGAAGGACGCGGAGACCUACAAGGUGGCUGUGACAGAAAAGCUCCACCGGCUUCUCCUUGAUCUCCAGAGAGGGAGCCAGUAACCCGCAAAGCCUUUUCCUGUGCCCAGGAGUGGGGGGCGGCGGCAGCACCCCCUCUGCAUCGUGCCUCGGAUCCUGCUCCAAACCACCACCACCGCCGCCUCAUCACCUACAGACGCAGCACCUUUCCUGUGCCUUAAGAACUGAAAGUGCCCCUUUGCACUCAACGGAUCUGUCUAGGAAUGUAUUGCACACUGCAGUGUGGGAAUUGGGGGCUGGGGGCUGGGAGCAAACCUCAUAAAUGCAGAGCUUGAGGAGCACCUGCAGGACAGGUUUCUGCAGGUAGAAUUCAGUUCAGGGCAAUUGCAGGCUGGUUGCUAUUUUCCAGUGGGACUCAAAUCACCUGCUGGCAGAUUCGGGUUACACAAGUUGUUUGGGAGGCCUUACACAGCAAACUCCACACACACACACACACACACACACACACACACACACACACACACACCCCGGCACAAAAAAGACUGAACUUUCUGAAAUAGUAGAGAUCCAUGCGGGUGGCGCUGUGGGUUAAACCACAGAGCCUAGGACUUUACCCUCGAAUCUGCCCUGCAAUCUGUCCCUGGCACCCAUUUUCCUUUUCCAAUGGACAUUUGACGUUCCAUGGCACCCGCUGAACAUGCUCGGUUCUUACUGGGCUGGGUUUAUGUGUUUGUGUCCCCCUGCCCACCAACGUACUACUGCAAAUCUUUCAUUAAGAGACACCCCUCUCGUUCCUCGCGGGUCCUGUUCUGACUCCAUUGCUGCUGCUGCUGCUGCCACCAACCACCUGAGUUUGAUGACAGAGGUGGGCUGCGAUUCUAAACAGGAGCAUCCAAAUAGGACUAACCUAUUGUGGCAUAGACAGAUUUAACAGUGCCUUGAAUGUUAGCAAUCCUGGCUUUUAUACCUGUAUGAGAACAUACUGGACCGCAUGUAUGCUCCUCUUAAUUUUUGCGUGUGGCUUAACGAUCAAAUUGCACCAGUCUUUAGGGGAAAUCGUACCGCUUUCAAAUAAAUGCAUAUAAAUUUCUGUACGCAAGAGAAAUAAAUUGUGCAAUCCUUAUUCUA